CAUGCGCACAAUUACAUAUAUAAAUGAAUUCCGGUAAACAUUCUUCUCUUACCCGAGAUUUUUUUUGCUAGUUCUUUGGCAUUAUUUUCGCAAGAUACAAAUCCCUUACGGUUUUAACACAUUUAAGUGCAUUAUUACAAACAAAUUCCGUCUAAAAUUCGCAUUAUUUACAUCAAACGGAUAACGGCAAAACAGGGAAAAAACUUCAACUUCUUACCGGCAGAUUGCCAAACAUGGAUUCUUUAAGGCGUCUAGCUGGCCGAGAUCUUUAAAGAAUUUGUCAUACAAAGGCUACACCUCGACGUUUACAGUUUAUCCAGCAGUGUUUACGGGGUGGUUUUAUAUGCUAACAUGAUUUUUUAGUCUCCUGUUGCAUCAUAAUAAAACUCAAAAUGGGCAUUCAAGAUUUACAACACUUUUUGGAAAGCGACAGUCUUGAGGGAGGUUCUGUAUCAGUUGAUUUACUAAAAAUUGCAAGAAAUGUUAGCCAACGUCAACAGCCACAUCAGCCAAACAGAAAAAUCAGACCUAUGGGAGGAGUGAACAAGCUUAAACUUAUAGUAGAUGCUGAAAAUUGUCUCGAUAGAUUGUAUGGAGGGUAUUACUCAGAUUGGGCUUGUGGUGGGCAAUGGAACCGUAUGGUUCAAUACCUCUCAUUGCUCUGUGGUGCUUUGGAACAUGGCAACAUUGAAAUAGCUGUGGUUUUCAAUGGAACUAUAGAACAAUGCCGCAUGGAAGAAUGGAAAGCUGAACAGGCUGUUAUUCGGCAAAAAGUUGGGAUGGUUCUAAAGCAUAUUAACACCAAAGGAACUCCACCUCCUAAAGUGUGGUGGGUGCCUCCCAUUACUUUAAGAUCUGCUCUUAGAAUGGCUUUAAGACAUUUGGGAGUCACAGUGAUGUGCACAAUGGAUGAUCACCAUCAAGAGACCAUUGCUUACUGCAGAGAAUAUGGAUUUCAUGGAUUGUUGGCAGAUGAUUCUGAGUAUGCUGCCUUUGAUCCUCCAAGAUAUUUUUCAUCUGAACAUUUAAAGAUGACAUACAAGGGCUCAAUUGAAACGAAGGAAUACAUGUUAAGUGUCUUAACUAAGGCAUUAAACAUUACUCCAGAUCAAGUCUGUGUAAUGGCUGCUUUACUUGGAAAUUUUUUGCUUCCCGAAGCUGAACUGCAAGAUCUAUACAAGAAGAUUAAUCUUACCAGAAAAGAUGAAAAUAGCUCUGAACAAGUAGUCAAAACUCUAGCGGAAUAUGUGAGUGCUUUACCAUCACCAAGCCCGCCAGCAAAUAUGGAUGCAUUAGUUGCUGCAGUAUUUGGAUCACUAGAAGAUAAAAGAGCCGCUAGAUUUAAGCAGUCUGUCCAAUAUUACUUAAAUGGAACUCACAGUGGAUUUUUGCAGUACUGUGCCCCUGGUAACUUGUUAAAUUAUUUUUUCGUUGUAUUUAUUUGUGAUUUAUCUGUAAUUGCAGCCAAAGAUAAAAACGAACGUAAACAGAAACACGCUGAAAAGAAAGAACCGCAGCCGCAGAGCCCCAAAGAAGAAAAUACCGAUUUAGACGAGUCUGGAUUUGCAUCUGAAACUUCUGAGCAACAGAGGGAAACUCUUCAGAACUACAACAUGCUUACUGCCCAAACAGUGAUGUCUUCAGAUCUUGCAGAGAUGGACAUGUUGAUCAAGUCAGCAGAAGAAACCUUGGUGGCCUCUAUUUUAGAUGAUUCGCCAGGCUCCUCGGAACAGGCGAAAAUCAAUGGCGUCGAAAAUGGAAGCGAGCCGCAAAAAGAAUCUUCUGAAACACCGGUAAAGAUCGCUCAGAAACCUAAAAUUCUUCAGAAUAAUUCUCAAGCAACUGCCAGUUCUGCCAAGCAGGUCCAAAAAUCUAACAUUGUGACACCAUCAGUCUCAGCAGAUGUGCUUAGGACCGCCUCUCUACGCCAUCAAAAGGGUCUGAUGAUGCCAACCAUCCUUCACGUUUUGAGCACUCAGGAAGUGAGAAUGCCUUGUCUGAUGGAAGAUGAGAGCAAUAGAGAGUUUCCUCCGAUUUAUGAUAUCUAUCUUCCUUUAAGGCAAAGAGUGUAUGCGGUACUUUUCAACUUGCAUCAUUUGAGAUAUGUUCACUCUAAAAAGAAGGAAAGCGGAGAACUAGGAGAGAACGCCCCGCCGCCAGAUAUCAUCGUAAAAGAGUGGGUUUACAGUAGGUCGAACCCCUACCAGAAACCAGAGUGUGUAAAGGCAGAGCCUCUUCCGUGGGCCGUGCCGACCCUUCAGAGACUUUGGUUCGGUCCCGCUGUGGACGACAAACGCAGGCGUAUGCGGGCAUUUUUGUCCUGUCUCAACUCUGAUACUCCUUUGAUCCUUAAUACUGCGUAUGUGCCCCAGCAUAUGCUUAUUAUGGCUUGCGUAUUAAGGUACAUUAUGUCUCAAGAUAAACCCAUAAUGCGAAGAAAUGAACUUGACUCUUUCCUAUGCCAAGCCUUCAACCCGAAUUUAAUGAACGUACAACAUUUACAAGAACUGACUCCAAAUAUAGUAUCAAGCAGAGGCGUCCAGUUGGCCGCUCUAUUCAUGCAGGGAGUUGAGAUGGCAAUUUUAGCUAACGACGCGUGCGGAGCGCCCCUGCCUUGGCUGAUGUGCUGUCCCUGGCUGUACUUCGAUGGAAAACUUUUCCACUACACCUUAUCCAGAUCUCAACAUGCCAAAAACAUCCUGGAAGUUUGUGACAAUUACAUCGAGCGUGUAGUUAAGGUUGAAAGAAUGCGAAAGGCUAUUUUGGAGGGAUUGGAUAUUAAGUUUGCGAAAAUUCAGCCGCCGCAGUUUCAACCAGGUUUGAUUCGACCAGGUAUGCCUACCGCUUAUUUGCCUACGCUGCCUCUACCGUCUGCCAGAGCAGCGCCAGGUUUAAGAGGUAGACCGAUUCCCUCCCGCGGAGGGCAACUUCAGGUCGCUGGGGUAGUGGUUGGCUCCUGGGGAGCCAACUAUGGCUUCCAGAACAACCUUAGGCAGGCACCACAAGUAAUGCCAGCCGGUAUGUCAUUCAGGGGCCGAGGAAGAGGUUUUGGUGGCGGCGGGAAUGUGCCCGCCAGCUACGGCAGAGGGCGCAAUCAGAAGGGUGGAAUGCCCUCCUAUCCUGUUGGAACUAAGAAAACCCAGGGAAAAAAGCGCACUAACAAAUCUAACAAGGUGAAGCAAGAGAAGGGCCUGGCUUUAACUGUCAAAACUGAUAAUGGAGACGUGCAAGUGAAUGAUGUCAUCGUGGAAACUAACGGCGCAUCUAGCAGCCCAACUGAAAAGCCAGAGGAGUGCGCCAAUCUGAAAACUAACCAUAAGGGGCAGGGGGACGCUCCCAGCCCCGUACAAGCUUAAACAAUUCUGAACUAAGGGACUGUCAGGCGGUCCCUUAAGUGUUUCUGGGGGGAUUUUAGGAGAUUAAAUAGUUAUUAGGCUUACACAUUCUUUUUUUGUGAUGAAUAGGAUGUAUAGCUAGUUGCUUUACAACCUUCUAAAAUUCCCCUAUCUAUCCUGAAGUUUCGAUGAUGAAAGGAUCCGUAGUGACAUAUAGUGAAACUUUUAACAAGUGAUAUUUUUGCGGUUCGUGUCGUACUUUUCGAAUCUGAAGGCUUCUUUAAAAAUUGCGGCCACUAGGGAACAAUUAUUAUUUUUUAUUUUUUGGUCAUGUACCGAAGUGUAUUUUAAGUUACGUUCGCAGUAUUUAAGAAGGCUCAGUUUAAAAAAACAUGCGACCGUUAAAAUUAUGAGUGGGUCGGCAUGGGCGUCCGUCCCACCUAAACACAGAGAGACAGUGAUUCCUAAGACCGGAGAGUUGAAUUGAACGUUGCGCCGAUAUGUCUUAAAUACAGAUACACUGUUCAACUCACUUCGCCCGUCCGAUUUAGAUAUAUACAGGGUCGAAUAUAAAUAAGUGUCGACGCUGCUGCUGUGUUCAGAAUUGGUCACGACUGAUUGAUUGUUUUCGAGAGCAUAUUGUAUAUUUUUAUAUGUUUGUUACAACUGUUAUAAUUAUAUUAUGACUGAGACGGCGCCGCUGUCGGAUAUGCGCGGGCGCGCUCAACUGUGAUCAUAUUUAUGGUAUUUAUAUUAUUAGAUCUGUUGAUUUGGCAACCGUGGCCUCGCCUUAUUGGUCGUCACGGUUGGGUUAGGAUUGGAUUAAGGAUGGUUCACGUGGUAAGGUAUAAAAGUUAUAACAUUUCGCGUAUUAUCCCGGAAAAAUAAUGGUUGCAGAAACGGGACUUAUAGAGCUGAGCAGAAUUAUUAACAAAAAAAAAUUGAUUUAAAGAGAGAAAGCUUUUAGCAAAAUGUUAUAACGAUUUCGUGUUUACUUAUUUAGUUCGGUAUUACGCCACUAUAUUUAACUGAGUAAAAAUUAAUAUUGCCCAAAUAUAGUUGCAUAAUAUACCUCCUCUAAGUCCUAUGAAAUUGUAACUUGCAAGAAAUCAAUAAUUUGAAUCUUCCUUGUAUGUUGAAAGUCUUGUACUUCAGAAAAAAAAUUAUAACAAAUUGUAAUUACGUCGUAACUCUGAAUACAUUUGGAAAUUAAGGCCAGAAUAUUCAGGAAGAUUUGUUUGGAUUGCAGGAACUUACGCGUCACCCUUCACCCAGUAAACAACACGUGAUUGUUUUUUGUCUGUUCUUUUCGCAAACUCCUAAAGCAUCGUAUUUAAUUAUUUUGCGAAUGUGUCGUAUGCAGAUAAAUAAAAAAAAUUAAUACCGAAACUCUAUAUAAGUGGUUAACAGAUGCACUACUAUUCAAGGGUACGUUAUUGUAUGCCUCUCCUUCUUAAUUUAGACAGCGGAAAGAACGAGAAAAGUUUAUUGAUAUGGUCAUAGCAGGUAGACUAUCAUAACUAUCGUGAGGAAACAACUCGGGAGACACGAAGUUAAAAGAGAGAAAUAAUUUAUCUGUCAGCGUUAUACGUAGUUUCAUUUCCCUUAAAACUGCUUCCUUAGAGGAUGCACCAUUGGAGAAGUAGAUUACCCUGUUUCAGAUAACCGAUCCGACUUUUCUCAUUUCUGACCGUCUAUCAGUCAUUUAGUAGAUAGAUAAGAUGAAAAAAGAAAGCAAGCAACCCGAUAAAAGCAUACAUAGAUCAUGCAACAUCUAAAAUUUAUAAGGGAAAUAUUAACACAAUUACAACAGACAACCUAAAAUACCUAUUUUAAUGUUAGGACUGUAUGCGGGGCUUCGGGUUUUAAAAAAAGACGCUCCUAUAGAUCUAUCAUCUUGAGAGGAAAAUACAGAACGUAGCAUAUUCAUAGCCGCUUAGACCAUCACCGAGGGAACUUGAAGGUUAUUGUAUACUUGUAUGCUAAUAUCCUUUAAUUUUAUUUAGAACCUCUGCAUCUCCUUGACAAUGAAGUUAUUUAGAGGGAAAACCAAAUCAACUGCAUAAGUUCUGUAAAGAGUGUCUUGAGUAUCAUGAAAGUUAUAAAAAAGCAACUACUUGCUACCUAGUAGAAAAGCACUUUGAUAUAACUCAACAGCUUUAGAUACUAAGAAAAUGGUCGAGAUAUAAAAUUGGCCAUUGAUCAUCGCAAACCUGUAUUUAACGUUGCCAACUACUUAAAAUGUUUUUGUGAAGAUAAAAAAGUUGGUUGCUUCUGUAUAUUUCAAAGUUACUAACAUACUCUAAUUUAAAAUAGGCAAAAACGUUAAUUCUGAAAUUGAAGGAUUUUCAAAAGCUAUCUUUUUAACAACUGACUGCUAGUGACACAUUUUUAACUCCAAUUAUAACUCAUUUAACCCGACUCAUUAUAAACUUGAGUGAUAUAGUCCUUUGUAACUAUAUAUUGAAUAUUGUCAGGUCUUAGGCGACGUAAGAAAUAAAAUGUGCUAAAGACUUAUUAGAGCGCAAUAUGUAAAAUUAGCAAUUCUAUAAACUGGAGCGCUGGAGUCCGGAGAGAAGUAAGCACAAGGUAAUUAUUUCAAUUUUAUGACUCACUCGAAAGUCAUUCUAAGAGGGAAAAAGGUGCAUAACGUCCUUAAUUUAAGUAUCAUAAUACAUAUAAAACAUUAAGUAGAUAUGUAUAGUAUGUACUAAUGAACAGGGGAGUCACUUCUUGCUACGUAGGAGGAAAGUAAGAUGAAGUAGGAAUGGAAGAAAGCAAUCGUUUCGAUAAAAAGUAUAAGGAAGUCUAAGAAGCCUGUUUCCUCCCUGGCCAAAUGGUCAAAAUAAAAAUGUCCUUAAGGAAGGAGUGAUUUUUGUUAAUUAAUAUUUUAAAAAGCAUUUCUUUGUUGACAGAAAAUUUUAGGAUUACUCUGCUGUUGAUCUGGCGAAAAGUUAUUGUGGGUUGGCUCUACGAUUUUACAAUUAUACAAUUUUGGAGGUGUACAAUUUUUAUCCUUGUUAAAGGCUUUGCAAUUUCAGAGAUAAUAUUGCUUGAUUUGUCAUGCGUGAAAAUAUAAUUCUGGAACUAUAAUCUUUGAAAAUCUGCCAAAAUUUCAAUUACUGAUUUUCAGUAACUGAAAUUUUGGCACGUUAUAACAAAUUCUUUAUAAUUUUGAGUAAUUUUUCAACAAUCUUCUGUCUUAACCACAUUGUCAAAUUUUUGGCCAUAGUAGGCUUUAUAAAAAGUAGGAUUUUUUUUAUAUAUUUAUGAAUUCUAUAGAGGCUUGAAGUCUAAUAAUAAAUAAAAAACCAAACAACUUUAAUAAUUUCAAAUUCAUUGGUCACUUGGACAAAUCAAAACUCCUUUUGAUAGAUAUAAUGAAACCUUUGAUCAACUGAAUAUUUUAAACUAGAAAAGAUUAAAGACGUGUUCCAUAAAGAGUCAUUUACGACUUUCCUUCUAUCAAAAAUCAGGUUACGAUUUCAGACUUUGACAGGACUAUUACUAGAAUUGACUUGAUUUUUACUUCGGUUUUAACAAUCGUUGUGUUCACAGCCGCUUGGUUAGCUCUCUUUUAGCGAGAAAAGGCGUGGAAACGUCUACUGUGAAAAUCGAAUUCCAUUAGUCGGAAAAGUCGUUGCUGUAUCCGGAACUAGGCGCUGUGAGCGAAGAUGCCUAUUAAUCCUGAGUCUCCGAGUGGGGAAUCAUUUGUGGCAGCCAUAUUUAAUUAGUGAAGUUUCUCCGAAAUCUUGAGACUUUGGAGCUGAAAGAGACCGGUUAUUCGUAAAACCGAUAGCAGUCCAGAGACGUAACUUCAGUACGACUGUGCCCCGAAACAGAAGAGCCUCACCCCGCCCUACAUAGCGAGGUUGUGAGGACACAUAUUAUAAAGAAAUAAAAAAUCUUCUGGAAAGAUAUCUACAUGGCGAUUUGGAAAGGAGCAGACAAAGAAAAGGGGUUCUAAAAUAAAAGAAGUAAUUGGAUAAAUAGCCAUAGUUGCUGAUUUUAAAAUUGCUGUAUGUGGAUUCCUGGAUUCAGUAUCCAGAACCCAGAGGAGCACAAAAAUAUAAGAACGCGUCUAAUUAAGGUUUAAAGUUUCUAUGUAAUUACUUUUUAAAGUGUUGAACAAAAACGUAAUACUUUCAUAAUUUUAAAAAAAGAACUAAACAAUCGAUUCAUUUUUUGUAAUGAUUCCUGCCAGCUCUAAGUACCUGUUAUAAACCCGUUAGUUUUUUAGAUGCAAAAUGCCAAAAAUACGUUGCUUACAGCUCAAAAGUCGAGUGAAGCACUUGGAUAUUGCAUUCGGCGCAAACAAACCUCGCGUCGAACUAAAACCUAACACUUAAAUUCAACACAUUCGACAUAUAAAUUGCAUACUUCGUUAUUAAGUAUAAUUGCCCAAUUUAACGGUAAAAAUAAAUAAAUUUUAAAGUCACUUUUACGUGAACAUUUAAAAUAAACUAAAACGCUUGUGGCUUUAAACUAAAAACUAUCAACAAUACACCCACUGAAAGAUUUUUUAAAUAAAAAAGUACUUGUUUAGUGCUGUUGCUCAUACGAGACAAUAUAGCCAAUCUUGCGUUUAAAAUGACGCAUUAUUUAAGACAAAACGAAACGAAUCCAAGUUGAUUCUUUAAUACCCAAAAAAAAGUAUUUAAAUAAUUUUCCCCUCCCCCCAAAAAAAAACUUAAAAUAUAAUCACAUUAAACAAAAAAAGUUUUAUGUAUUAGCUGUUUUUCAUAACAGAAACACUGCGGCUCAAAAAUUAAGUUGAGACCGAUUUAGCUCACCAAUUACGUAGUUUAGCAGUCUUUUGAUAGACGAGGAUCUUAGUAAAUGUUCGUAAUGCUUCUAACGGUAUUUAUAUAAUCAAGUUUUGCUUAUCUGUAUUCAAUUAUCUGUUUUUUUAUUGUAAUAAUUAUAGCAUUCGCAUAUAUAAUCAUUUCUUCUUUUUAUUAAGUUACAAUCUGGUGUAAGUUUUUCUAACAUAACAGCUUCUUAAAAACUGGAACAACUUUUUUAUUGAAAAAAUAAUUAAAUGAUACUUACACCACUUUCAUGUCUAUACAAAACCCUUUAGUCAUUUCAGAAUCAUUUAAUUACUACUAAAUUCUUUCCGGAAAACAUAUGUAUGUUAUUGGUUACAAAUGACUAAAGGUAUAAUCAUAAUAAUUAUUUAGAUAAAAAUUAUAUAAAAUAUAUUUUGCUUUUUGUUUAUUCUGUUAUGUAUGAUUGCUUUUAAUUUGUUAGUUUUUAAGCGCAUGUUUUUGCCUUGGAGGGCGUUUUUUUUCAAUUUAUCUCCAAUCACUAUAAUAUAAUAAUAAUUAAAAAUAUUCACUAAAUAUAAAUUUAAAUGACCCUCUGUCGCAUUAUAACGUUAUACCGCACGCGGUAAAAAUAGUAUUCUUAUCUAUGCUUAAAAUAACUACUAUUUAGAUUAUUUUGGAAAUGUGUAGAAUUAUUAUUUUUGGUUUUCUGAAUUUUUUAUGAAAGAUGAUUCUUCAAUAUAAAAAAAGUAUGUAACUUAAAAUGUAUUUCCCGUAAAGUAAUAUUAACUAUGUAUAUUGGCUCUGUGGGUGAAAGGGCAUCCCCAUAUUAAUUGUUAGAAAUAGUUCGAGUUUUUUCGUGAUUUUGGAAAACUGAGAGAAAUAAAAAUGCAGUUUAUUCUCUAAAUAUAACAAAUAAUAUCAUUUUGCUUGUAACGUUCGUCGCUGCAGUUAUUUUCUCACAGUAGCCUCUGAAAUCACCGGUAUUAUGCCGUUUAUCACUUUUCUUAUAUUGUAAAACAUAUUUUAAAAUAAAAACAUAACCAUUCAACUGUUCGACGAUGUGAUUUUUCGAAAAUGGGCAAUGAUUUUAAAACGUUUUUCAAUAUAAAUGUAACUCAGGUUGAUGUUCUUAAGUGGUGCAGUUGAAGGAGUUUGUUUGAUAAUAUCUAAUAUACUAUUGAACCAUU